AUGGCUGUAGGUGGGAGCAACCCUUUUAAAGGGGACAUGCUUGUUAUUGCUGGGUCUAUGCUUUAUGCCAUCAGUAAUGUUAGUGAGAUUAGUGGGUCCACAAUGCUAAACCUGUCUUUACUGACCUCAGACAUGUGGGCCGUUCUGAUUCGCAUAUUUGCAUACCAUGAGAAGGUUAGCGGAACAAUAAAUUUAAAAUAUUUUACAACCAAAGAUGAUGUUGUUUGGAAUCAGCAUUGCCCGUCUGAGGUGAAUAUUUUCUCGUCAGGUUGA